UAUAAUAUGGGCCGUGCUUUUCAUCAAAUUGGUUUAUUACCAGCAGCCGUACAUUUUUAUAAACUAGUACUUAAUAAAGAUCCUGGAGAAGUAAAAUGAGUAGAACAUUAGCUAGCGAAAUUGAAUUUAAAAAUUUAUGUGAUGUAUUGGAGAAAAUCUCAGAAGCACAUCUUUCUAGAAAAGCUGAUAUUUUGAAGCGGUUUAUUCAAAAAUGUCGUCUUAUGAGUCACAAAUUAAAAACGGAAUUUGCAACUAUGAAUGUUUCACUUUAUCCUAUAUUAAGAUUAAUUUUACCGGAUCUUGAACGAGAACGUGAUGCCUAUAAUUUAAAAGAAAAAUCUCUUGCUGAUCUUUAUAUUCGUGUAUUUUGUUUGGGAAAAGACAGUAAGGAUGCAAAUAAACUGAAACAGUACAAAAUUCCCACUGCAAAAAAUAUUGCAGGACGUGAUUUUGCAGAAAAAGCUUAUUGGAUUUUGCAGAAUCGUUUUCCACGUGAAAGUUCUAAUUUUACAAUAGAACGAAUCAAUUUAUUUCUCGAUGAUUUAUCGUCAAAAAACAAAACUAGUCUGUCAAAGAAUGAAACAUUUAAAGUUUUGUUUGGAAAAAUUAAUGCGUUAGAAUUUAAAUGGAUAACACGAAUUAUUUUAAAAAAUUUGAAACUUGGUAUUGGCACGAAAAAGAUAUUGCAAGUUUUUCAUCGUGAUGCAAACUCACUGUUCAAUGUAUCAUCUAAUUUGCAACAUGUUUGUGAUACAUUAUAUGAUCCUCAAAUGAGAUAUCAUCAUGAUAUUCAAGUUUUUUCUCACUUUAAACCUAUGUUAUUAGAACGAUGCCAGAUUGAGGAUAUAGAAAAGCUUUUUAAUGGCAACAAAGAAUAUAAUGUGCAAUGCAAAUAUGAUGGUGAACGAUUUCAAAUGCAUAUGAAAGAUGGAAAAUAUAAAUAUUUUACAAGACAAGGAUAUGAUUUUACAAAUAAGUCUGGUUUUGGGGAAACUAGUUCUUCAGGUUUUAUGAGCAGUGUAUUUGGUCAGUUAUUAAAUCCACAAGUAAAAUCAGUAAUUUUAGAUGGUGAAUUAAUGGGUUGGCAUAAAGAAAAGAAAUCGUUAGGUUCAAAAGCAAUGAGCUAUGAUGUUAAAAGACUCUCAAACAAUAGUCAUUAUCAGCAGUGUUUUGUUGCAUUUGAUAUUAUUAUGUAUAAUGAUAAUUUACUUAUUAAUGAACCUUACGAGAAAAGAUUUGAAAUUUUAAAAGAUACAUUUACGGAAAAAGAAGGUUGUCUUCUAUUAUGUAAAUCUACUAAAAUUUCUAAAAGUGAGGAAUUAUGUAAGAUAUUCAAUGAAAGUAUUAAAAAUAAAGAAGAAGGUGUUGUAGUAAAGGAGUGUAAUAGUAAAUAUAAACCAAAUAUAAGAGAUGGAACUGGUUGCUAUAAAAUAAAAGCUGAAUAUUCCGAUAAUUUGGUACAAGAUGUAGAUUUAAUUAUUCUUGGUGGUUAUUAUGGUGAUGGAAAAUUUAUGGGUUUAAUAAAAAGUUUCUUAAUGGGAGUAGUUUCUUCAUCAAAAACUCCUGAUGAGAAUACCAAAAAAUUUUCAUCUGUAGUCUCAGUCAGCAGUGGUUUAUCCAUGGAUAAAUUGAAAGAAUUUGACGAGAUGUUUAAAGAUAAGUGGCAAAAAGAUCGACCUGAAAAUGUGAUUCCUCCUAGGACUGAGCCGCCAGAUUUAUGGAUUCGCCCUGAAAAUUCCAUUAUUUUGACUAUAAAAGCAACAGAAAUGAUACGAAGUAAUGAUUAUCCAAUUGGAUACAGUUUACGGUUUCCUAGAGUUACAAGUGUUAGAACUGAUAAACCGUGGUAUGAUGCUUGUACAAUUAACGAUUUAUUAUCAUUAAUCAAGGAUACGGGACCAGUUCAGAAAUUGACGAAACGAGAAACAGAUUAUGAAGAUAUAGAAGAAAUACCUAAAACUAAAAUAUGUAAAACAGCAAAACAACAAGAGUCUGUAAAACAAUGUUCAACAAAGUAUAAAGAAAUACUAGUGAAACCAAACAUUUUUGACAAUACGCCGGUUCAUCUUACUCGACUUUUUGAAGAUAAAGAAAUUUGUGUGAUAAAUGGCAAUGAUGAGUUAUCUAAAGAACAGAUUGAAAACAUUCUUUUGCAACACAAGGCAAAAGUUGUACAAAAUCCUUUAAAGGAAAAUUACUGUAUUAUUGUUGGUAAUGCUAAAACGGCAAAAGCAAAUUAUAAUAUACAAAGUAAAAAGUAUGAUAUAGUAACAUUGGAUUGGUUCAAAAGAGUUACCAAAGAAGAAAAUUGGUCGUCAUUGCAAGACUUUUUACCAUGGGAUUUAAUAAGUAGUCGCGAAUCAACGAAACGACGAUUAGCACAAUAUUACGACGAUUAUUACGAUCACUAUACUAUAGAUGCUAAUGAAGAAAGUUUAUUACGUUCGUUUAACAAAAUCGAAGAUAUGGGGCGAAAUAUUAAAUUUGAUUAUGCAGAAAUGAAAAAAGCAGAUCAAGAAUUAUUUAAUAGUGAAAUAUCUCCCUAUUCCUUAUUUCGAGGUAUUGUGGGAUACUUCAAUGAUCCAUCAGAUUUGUCAAAAAUUGAAUUUCGUUUUAUGGCGGGAACCAUUAGAGAAACUAUCGAUGAUUCUGUAACGAAUGUUUUUAUCAACAAUAAUUCCGUGAAUCCUGAUUUGCAAAACUUAAUUGGCAAUAAAUCGUUGCAAAUUAUUAAAAGCAAAUGGAUCGGGGAAUGCUUCAAACACAGUGCAAUUAUUUCUUAUUCUGAGUAUCUGAUUCAAUAAAGAAUAAUAGAUCAAGUGAUUUUUAAAUAUCUAUAUCUAUGUAAAUGAUAAUUAACAAUUCAUUUGUAAAUAAAUGUAUACAUACAUGCACAUUUUAUCAAAAUUAAAGUGACAAAUAAAAAUGCAAACAUAAUUUUAGAAUCGAUUCUGUUUAACAAUGAAAAUUUAAUGUACAAGUGUUACGCGUAUAUUUGUAACAUGAAUACCGAAAAUAUAUAGAUUCAUUCUGGCUCAUAUUUUCGUUAAGUGCUAAAGAAACUGGGUACUAGGUGGAGUGACAGUUGGACAGUUCGCUCAUUUAACAUCCCGUUUCGAAAUAUUUCUUCUUGGUUGAAGUCGGCACCCUUACUGUUCUCGUUUUAUUUCAUUGGAAUGCGUGCAAAAUAUGAGGCGAAAGGGACGCAGCUGCGACGUUUCCUUUACAAAGCCUGCCAUUCAGAGAGAUUCUCGAGAUUAAGACGAGAGAACUUUGGAAAAAGAGACUUUAUACGCGCAGACACAUCAAUACGAUGACAAGAAUCAUCAGAUUCUGGAAAUUCCCUUUAAUCUAAACAAUCAUUCAAUUCGUGUCACUAAUUUUUAAAAGAACUUCAAUUUAUAUUACACUAGUAGAUGUUAGUAGCAAUGUUAUGAAAAUACAUUUUUUUUAUCAAAUAGCAGAUGCGCAAUAGAGAUGUUAUUUAUGAAUAACAAAAUGAAAAGAAGAAUUCUUCAUUAAAAAGUCUACGAUUACGCACAACAAAGUAAAAGGAUCCUUCAGUCUCUUUUUCAUAACAACUAAAUUGCAAUUGAGAUUUUUGGCAAAGAUGUAUAACGUGACAUCGCUUGAUGCACGUAUAAUGUUAACCAUUGUGGAUAUCUCGUUAGCGUAAAGGAAGGUUUCGUCUACCAGGUCAGAACAUAAUAUAUGAAUAUGACUGACAUUCGUGUUCGUAGAAGAUCUACUUAUAGACUCUUCACCUUCGGAUACGACGCAUAUUAAUCGAGUUUCAGAUUUUCCAAGCGUCCAACGGGACGCGUCACUCCUUUGCACCACGUCCAAUUUAUUCACGGAGUUUCAGUGCUAACUCGGUACCUGCCAAUUAUGUAUACUCGUUACUGUUGUUGCUUACGUUUCAUCGUUACAGGAUAAAUUUAUGAUUUAACCAAGUUCACACUUGAAUUAUGCGUUUAUCGAUGGUUCUG